UUCCUCGUUCGUUUUAUCCCCUUUGCUUUGGACUUUCCGAAAUGGUGAAAUCUACAAAUACAAAAAAAAUUACUCUCUUUCACGAUCAGCACGUUCAAUUCUAAAGAUCCGAGACCUUGUUAAAAACCACGUCUCAAUGAGAACCCCGUUUUCCUUCUCCUCUUUCUCUCUCUAUACCUCCCACUUCCCCCUCUUCUUCUGCUUCCAUGGCUGCCCAUUUUGCCAUCUCGCUGCACAACCCGCUUCACUUGCCGAGAUCAUUUCGUGCGGAACUUAAGGCUGCUGCACCUGAUUUACCAAAACUAGGCGGGGAAAAGCUCGGGAAUCCCACCUGUGUUCCAAGAAGCAGAUUACCUGGUGUCUUUUCUUCUGGUGUUUCGGUGAAAGCAUUGUCAUCUGUGGCUUCAUCGUCUUCUUAUUCUGAAGAGACUGAUCAUGAGAAAGGUGCUUCUGUCCCUAAAACUGAGGAUGGUAAAGUCGAGUUCAAUCGUGUGAAUUGUCUUCUAUGGGUGUUGCACGAGUCCGCCUCAAGCUUUUCCCAUGAGGUCGAGUCACUUGGACUGGCAGGAAGUGUCCCUGAACUUGCACAGGCUUGGAAUGGGAAGGACGUGCAUGCAUGGCACAAACGUAUUGCUUAUCAUGUAGCUGUAUAUGCUUUGUUCCGAACGGUAAUCGACAUGGAGAUUUUACUUUCUCAUGAUCGUCACAACAAUGCAUCUCCAGUCAAAGAAAUCUUGACCCCGAAAAUGAACAUUGUGGGAGACUACAUAGAGAGUCAACUGGGUGCAAAGCAUUCAGAGCUGGUAGAAUGGUUUAGAGUGGUGGAGCUGCCACGUGUAACAGGGUUUUUCUCCCCCUUCCUGAAGAAGUGGUCUAUGGAGUAUGCUGGGAGUGGUGUUGCAGGGAUUGUUUUAGCUAUUAGUAGCUGUGCUGCUGUAGGGAAACUGGGCUCUGCAAGAAUUUCUUCGCCACUGCUUCUUUGUUCAAGUGAGGAUGUCUUAGUUGAGCUCAUGGAUCUUUCACAUAGCCUUGUAGAAGUAGAGAAACUGCAUCACUUAGCAAUCGAGGCAGGUUUUGAGCGCAACUUCCUGUCCCAUUUUGGUUCGAAGAUUUUGCCUUGCAACAAAACUGAGGAGCUAGAGUUUUGGAUUGGGUUGGCCCAGCAAAAGCUCUCAGUGGCAUUCUGCGAGGAAGUUAUCAUGAAACCCACAGCUAACUCUUCAUCAAAGGUCAAUGCAGAUACUUUGGCCACUCUUGGACUUUUUGCAUAUCUGGGAAAGAAGACUAGACUGUUCCUUGCAAAAAUGGGAAUCAAGGAUCUUGAUGAGCUGCUCAAGGAUCUCCUCAGUUACCUGGAGUGUGGUAGCCUUUUCAUUUACCCUGAUCUCGCCCAUGUAUCAUGUUACCAAUGUUUCAUAGAGGUAGUGACUGAUGAAAUUGGAUGGCUUGAUUUCUAUGCUGCGUCUGGUUCUUUGAGUAGUCAAGAAAGGAAAAGAUCUAAACAGCAUGCAGUUCAAGCAGAGCAAGAGAUCAUUCUAUCAACUGUUUUCACAAUUUGUUACGACGUUUUCUCCGGCUUUGCUCAUUUUAGCAGAUCAACCCAAAAGCCUUUAGAUGCAGAACUGUUGGAAUUCUUGUUCCGGAGUGAAUCGAUGAAGAUCAUUGAACUGGGUGGCUCUGACCAUGUGCAGAAGCCUAUAGACAUAAAGAUCUCAGACAUCCCAUCUAGGGAGCUGAAAGAUAAGUCUGAUGCUGUUUCUGACCUGAGAAAGGUCAGAAGCAGUGAUGGAACAACAAAGGAAACGAUUGCUGAGACAUCAUCGAGCACCAAAACAAAGACGACUUCUCCUGAUAUGAACAUACUCGGGAAAUAUCGACAUAAACUGAUGUCUAAAACCGCUGACGUAUGGAUGGGAACACAGUUGCUAAUAGACGACAUCAUGGAUGCUUUGGAGCUACUCAUGAAGCAGUUGCGUGGGCAGAAAGUUUCGAAGAGGGAAAAGAGGAAACUGAAGAGAACACUCCGAGACCUAGCUUCCCUCGUGCCCAUCACAAUUCUAAUGUUACUACCUGUCUCAGCCAUAGGCCAUGCAGCGAUGCUAACAGCGAUCCAGAGAUACGUGCCAUCCCUGAUCCCUUCUCCUUACUCGUCGGACCGGCUAGACAUGGUGAAACAGCUGAGAAGAACGAAGAAGCUGGAAGUUCAGUCGUGGGGGAUCCUGGAAGAUCUUACCCCACCUGGAAUUAACAUCGAGAAUUCGUCGUGUGGGGCAUUUGGUGGGAAUAGAGGAGCGAGACCAGUGCCCCCAGAGAAAGGAGUCUUCCCUCUGGACCAUUUGCACGAAUGCGACCUGGAAAAGAAAGACUACCUCAACUGUCUGAAAUCUGGUGGUCACCUAUCAGAAAAAUGUAGGCAGUUCUCGAAGAAGUACCUGGAAUGUCGAAUGGAAAAGAAUUUGAUGGCCAAGCAGGAUAUGUCCGAACUUGGGUUUGCAGAAAAAUCUGUGACGGAGUCAUCGCAAGCAAAAGACAGCAGCAAGAAGGGCAAGUGAUCCCAAGUGUCUUAGCCAACCUUUCUUGCACUACUGAAUUUGAUGAGUUAAGACGGGUAGUCCAAGAGAUUGAAACUAGGGUUUCAUAGAUUUUUUUUAUAUUCUGUACAAUCGUUCAUUUGAUGGCCAGAUUUUGAGAAACAAAGGGAUUCAAGAGCUGUAGGCAUAGCUUGUGUUAGAUGGAUGCUUCAUCGGCUAGUAAAAUUGAUGGGAAUAAAUUGGAUAUUGGUCACAUA